AUGACCGAAUCUUUAAAAAAUUCACUUGAUAUUCGUGUUGUAGUUUCUAUCGUUGAUGAUAAUCAAUUAACUGGAACAAUAUUGAAAAGGAUGCUUCGGAAAUACUUUAAACAUGAUGUCUCGUGCGUGGAAAGCGGCGAAAAAGCUUUAAAUUUAUUAUCGAAAGAACAUUUUAAUUUAGUAUUUAUGGAUGUCGACAUGCCAAAUUUAACCGGGAUAGAAACAACGUUGGCAAUUCGUAAUUCAGACACGAUAUUAAAAGAAAACGUCCACGUUCCAGUUAUCGCCUAUACCACCAAUCAAUGGGAUAACGAAUAUUCAAAGGCAGGAAUGAUCGGAUAUGUUGGAAAACCUGCAAACCCAUCAAAAAUCCAAGCCGAACUUGAAAAAGUGUCACUAAAAAUUACCACUACAACAGCCAUUACGUCCAACAACAGCGAUUUGUCGUCGUCAUCGUUAACGUCAAUAGUUGAUUAA